GGGGACGCGGACAGGCUGCAGCCGGCGCGGGGCUUCCUGGGGAAGAAGGUAACCAUCCAGCAUUGGGAUUAAAAAAAAAAAUACUGUCAGCCUAAUUAUGCCACAUGGAAAGAGAAGACGAAAGUCAUGGUCAAGAAGUGACCACAAAUAUUGUCGGGACGCAGCGAGGAGGAGGCGAGAACAAGAAUCGGAUGAGGCUAGAGCAGCUCGACUCCAGGAUCAGAGACUCAGGACAAAGAACAAGAGAGAAAAAGAGACAGGGGAGGAGAGGCGUGCACGUCUUCAGAACGACAAGGAAAGGCAGAGAAGGAGGAGAAAGAAAGAGACGGAGGAAGAGAGGCAUGUCCGCCUCCAGGAUCAGAGAGAAAGAACAAAGAGAAGAAGGUUUGAAGAAACAGAGGAGGAAAGGGCUGCCCGUCUCCAGAAAGACAGAGAAAGGCACAGAAUGAGGAGACGAGCAGAGACGGAGAAGAAACAGGAGGAUCCACUUGAGAAUAUGUGGCAAAGAGAAAUUAGUGCAAGAGUUGCAGAACACCACACCUGCCUUCGACAACAAAGCCUCCACAGAAAAAGACAGAGAAAGCAAAACGCACGACUCAUAUGGUGUAAUUUUUCUGCCCAGCUGCAGGGAGGCGCAACUAUGGAGGAACAGAAGCGUGUGGUGGUAUGCAAAGAAAAAGAGGGAACUGACAACGGGGGAAGAGACCCUUUCAUUGUUCAAGUCAGGACCAUCGGGGACUUUUUGACCAAGGAUGGCCCAUCUCACAUUAAGAUGGAGUCAGAGGAUGAAAUACACCAGUGCUGGGAUUCUCAAAGGCAGGAACUCUUGAAAAGAGCAGCACCAUCCCUUUUGGAAGAAGAUGCCAAAGAUUUCCUGGCCUCCUUGGGGGAUCUGCAGGAGGAGAGCUCUGGGAGGAGCAGAUGGGGGGCUGUGCCCCAAAGAGACCCGAACAUCAGUGGGAAAGCUUGGAUGGGUAGGGAAAAGCUGGAUUUCUGCAUGAAGGUGAAAGUGGAAAAGACUCUGGAAGAAGUUGAUCUGGAGAGCCAGGGGACCCUAAACCUCAGGCAGUUCAUCCUUCAGGAUGCUGGGGAGGCAUCCCAAACCCUGGAGGAUAUGAAGCUAAAAUCUCCCAAAUUAGAGGAAGAGGCUUUCGGGAUUGUGAAGGUGAAGCUUUCCUGAAGAUAAAGCAAGAGAAUGAUGGGGAGCCCGACUCACUAGGUGAGGAUUCAGAAUGUCAAUCAUUACAAACAUUCGUGAGGUGUUUGAGCCAAGAUAGUUCUCUCUUUUUGAAACCCAGGGAAGUGCCAGCAUCUUGUGGGAAGAUCUGAAGAAGUAGAUGUUUGGAAUACUCCAAUGAAAAGAAUAAUUUUUUUUUCUUGUUUUCUGGGAUUUUAAAAAAAGCCAUACAUCCAACAGGAGCACACAGGUACUCAGGAAAUAAAGCCAACAAAUCUUUCCUGCCUGAAGAAGGCGAUCAAAACUAAAAUGAAGUCAAUUUUCAGUGUGAGGAAAAAGAUCAAAAUUAAGAGGAGCCGGAGAUGGUGUGCAGCCAUCAGUGUUCCACAUACUCUACAUGUCGAUGUUAAAACAUAAACCGAACAAAUGCUUACACUUUUAUAAAAUCAAUAGCACCCCCUCCAUUAUUCAAUAGGGGAGCAUUCCCUCAAGAAAAUAUAUAUAUAUAGCUGCUCAGAACAUGGGAUGUUUCAGUUGGAAAACAAACCUCAUGAAGAAGAUCCAUACAGCAGAGAAGCCAUAUAAAAGCAACAAAGGUUUCAAAGCAAAAUUUGAUUAAACAUAAGAAGUCCCACAUAGGAGAGAAGUCCUACAAAUGCACCGAAUGUGGAAGAGCUUUUGUGGAAAAGGAGGUUCUGGUCAAACGCCUGAGGAUUCAUAUGGGAGAAAAGCCACAUAAAUGUUCCAGCAUCAGUUUUAUUGGGCAAGAUGCCCUCAUCCAACACAACAGGAUCCUUACAGGAGAGAAGUUGUAAUGAAUCCUCAAGUAUGAGACAAGCUUCUGGAUCAGCUGCCCCCUUAACUUCUUAAAAGGACAGACACGGGUGAGAAACUACAAGUGUUUGGAAAGCUUCAGGGGGGAAAUGUUGCUGGUGAAACAUGAGAGGAUCCCACAUGAGUGUAAAGCCUUACCAAGUACUCCAAGUGUGGGCAAAGCUUUUGAACCAGUUUCUACUUGAAAACACACAAAAGGGCACACAGGUGAAAAGUCGCAUCAGUGCUUAUACUGCGGGCAGACUUUUAGUUAGGGGUCAAAACUCAUGAUCCAUACGUGGGCCAUACAGGAGAGAGUCCGUAUCCUGAGGUGUUGGAAAAGCUUUGGCUCUAGCACACAUCGUAGGAAGCAUACUAUACACCACCCAGGCUAAAAAUCCCAUAAGUGCUCAAGCUUGAGUCCUUGAGUGGCGCAGACUGCUAAAACAGUCUGUUAUUAACAACAGCUGCCUGCAAUUAUUGCAGGUUCAAGUCCCACCAGGCCCAAGGUUGACUCAGCCUUCCAUCCUUUAUAAGGUAGGUAAAAUAAGGACCCAGAUUGUUGGGGGCAAUAAGUUGACUUUGUAUAUAAUAUACAAAUAGGAUGAAGACUAUUGCUUAACAUACUGUAAGCCGCCCUGAGUCUUCGGAGAAGGGCGGGGUAUAAAUGUAAAUAAAUAAAUAAAUAAUAAAUAAAGCUGUGGGAAAAGCAUCGGUAAGAAAUCCCAACUUGGUGGGUUCAAGAGCGGAUUCAUACCAAAGAGAAACCUUUCAAACAUGGAUGCUCCGUGUAUAAAAAAAAGAUUCUGUAUUUCUUCCAUGUUUCAUAAACCCCUGAAAGUUCACCCAGGAGGGACAUCCUAGAGCAGGGAUCUCCAACCAUGGCAACUUUAAGACUUGUG